AUGUUAUCAUUUUUUAUAUUGUGUUUGGCUAGUGUUGUCAUUGCUCAACAACCACGUCCAUGCACAAGUCCUAGUCAAUGGGAAGCUAGCGUUCAUAGUUCUAAUCCAAAAUUAGAUGCUGAUCUUGUAGGUCAAUUGUCUUACGAUUCAAUAUAUCAACGCACACGUAUUCUACAACAUGUCAAAGUUGGCACAACCGAAACUUACUACGAUAUAAUUACUUUUUAUGAUGCUAAACUUGUCUUUAUUGUGAAUAUGAAAAAUGGAGAAUGUUCACGAUCUACCUUCGAUCAGCCGUGGAGUGAUUUUGCUAUUCAAUCAGAUGCCACAUCACUUGGAGAAGCGUAUAUAGGUUCAUCUACAAUACAUGAUGCUGGUCUUCUCGUUACGAUUUGGAGUGGCAAUCAGACAAUACCAUUGAAUGAAACUGCGCGUUACAUACAAACAUGGACUUUUGAAAAUUGUCUGCCAGUUUCUAAUAUUGUGUUCGAACCUAGUGGAAGUGUUAACUACAUGUGGUAUUAUAAUAUCACCCUUGGUAUCCAAGAUCCGAAUGUCUUCAUUCCACCGGCACGAUGCUGGAAUGACAAGAAGUUUCUGAUACAAUACAAUCUUUUUGGUCCACGAAUGAAUUAA